AUGUCUGACCUAUCCGCGCAACAAGUUAAACAGCGCUUCGGCGUGUCCAUCCCUAUCAAGGCCAUGCCCGUGCAGCUGUCUGAGCAGGAAGAGAGGAACGUCUCUACGGUCCUGAAGUAUAUGCGCACUGCGUACUCGUACGAACUCAACUCGGGCAAGGACAGCGUGCUCGAGUUCUGCGCGCCGAACAAUACUUUCUCGGCACCGUCGACGUUCCCGACUGCGCAUACGGUUGAUGAGUACGCAGGAUCGCACGCAAAGGUGCUGCAAAGCCUGAACGACCUACACAUCAUCCAGUUUGACGUCGUCAUCGCCAAAGAGGACUUCAUCUCCCUGCGCUACACCGCUGAGGGCACGCACACCGGCGAGCCGCAUGGCGGCAUCCAGCCCAACGGGCAGCAUGCGCAGUGGACUGCGCAAGGGUCGUUCAUCAUGGAAGGAGGGAAGAUCAAGCACUGGUGGAAGGACUGGGACAAGAUGAGGAUGUGGAAAGGCCUCGGAUGGGUCAAGCCCACCGACGCUGAGUUUCUCUGA